CUGCCCUCCACCUGUCGCAUUUAGGAGGGGCAGCGGAGCGGCGGCGUGGGACUGUCGACUCCGCCUUACAUUCUAACAGCAAUUGCCCUUUCAAAGACCGCUGGGGGAAGACGCUCAGAGUCUCUUCCGGGAUUUUCCAAGCACCUCGCCUUAAUGAAACCGAGGUGCAAUUCUCGAUGGCUUGCAAGUUUCCAGGAGGGAGGAUAAAUCUGACCACUCCAACUCUCUGACCCUUUGGGUAAUGUCCAGGAGUCAGGAAACGCAUCGCCGUGGUCCCCAGCCUAGACGACUCGCCCCACAAAGAGCUCGGCACCAGCGGUUCCAGUGACCACGAGGAGAUCGCGGAGCCCGCAGGACCGUGCACCGUGUGGGGAUCGGAAGACGCGCCGGUCUUUCCCUCCCGGCCCCAGGCGGCACAACCACUGCGCGUGCGCGCUGCGCGGACGGUUUCGGAGACGGAGCUCCCCGCCGCCUUCCGUCUCCCGCUACAGCAUGAAGACCGCGGAGGACGCCAGCGGAGCGCGCAGCGAGAGGCCGCGGGAGGUAGGCCUCUGCCUUCUCUGCGGCCUGCCGGCAGCAGGAAAAUCGACCUUCGCGCGGGCCCUCAGCCACCGGCUGCGGCAGGAGCGGGGCUGGGCCGUCGGCGUGGUCACCUAUGAUGACGUCAUUCCGGACGCGUUCCUGGAGCAGGCGAGCGCGCGGCCAUUGCCAUCGCAAUGGAAAUUGCUUCGACAGGAACUGUUGAGGUAUCUAGAAUACUUCUUGAUGGCUGUCAUGAACACGUGUCAGAUGUCUGCCCCACCCAACAGGACCGCAGCCAUGUGGGAGGAUUUUAUAGCCUGCUUAAAGGAUCAAGAUCUGUUAUCUUCUGCUGUGCUGGAAACCCAGUCUUGCUACCUCUUAACGAAGACUGCUGUUUCUAGACCUUUGUUUUUGAUUUUAGAUGACAACUUUUAUUAUCAAAGUAUGAGAUACGAAGUCUACCAACUGGCUCGGAAAUAUUCAUUAGGCUUCUGCCAGCUCUUUUUAGACUGUUCUCUCGAGACCUGUUUGCAGAGGAAUGAUCAGAGACCCCAGGCUCUGCCUGCCGAGACCAUCCACCUGAUGGCAACAAAGAUAGAAAAGCCCAACCCUGGGAAAAAUGCUUGGGAACACAACAGCCUCACAAUUGAGAGUACGCCGUGUUCUUCUGAGGCCAGCCUGGAGUUGACUGAUUUAUUGCUUACUGCUUUGGAGAAUCCAGUAAAAUAUAUUGAGGACAAUGUGGAACAAAAGGAAACAGACAGAAUCAUUUGUUCAACUAAUGUUCUGCAUCAAGCCGACCAGACGCUCCGAAGGAUUGUCUCUCAGACGAUGAAAGAGGCAAAAGAUGAACAAGUGCUUCCUUUCAACUUGAAGCUCCUAGCAGAGGAACUCAACAAGCUCAAAGCAGAGUUUUUGGAGGAACUAAGACAUGGAAACAAAAAAUACCUGUGUUCUCAGCAAACCAUCCACAUAUCAGAUGUUAUUUCUUUUUUUCAUUAUGAGAAAGACAACAUUGUCCAGAAAUAUUUUUCAAAGCCGCAUUAAAACUUCUGAACUUCCAAUCAAAUGUCUGAUUUUGGUUAAGAUUUUACAAACUAAAACAAUUUUGUGUUCCUGGAUGUCUUCUUACCCAGUGAUGGGAAAUGCCAAAGACUUACUUUAAAAAAAAAAAAUAGCAACAGUCCAUUCUAAACACCCAUUUGUCAUAACAGAAAUAACUUCAGUCAUUUGUCAGACAUGACAUGGGUAAUUAGGCAUCAGAAGCAGGCAGGCUUCCUCGUUUCUGUGCCAGAAACCUUAGGGUGGGGCUGGUGGGAUAGGGGUCUUGCUGAAUGGAUCCUCAGGAAAGCAGAGAGACUAGGAAGGAGACGAGAUGUGGGUACAUGGAGCUGUUUUUGUCUUUAAUUCAUGUGACCGAUCGUCUCAUGGGUAAGGCAUUCUACAGAUUCAAACCAAUGCAGCCAUAAAACCGUUUUUUUUUUUUAAUUUAUUAACAGUUUACAUAGUGGAAAAUUACUAAGAAAAUUGGAUCCUAGUUUUCAAAGAAGAAAAAUCGAGAUCAAUAGAAAAGUGUUAUUUUUUUUUUUAUUCAUGUAUUACAAAAGCAAAGCUUCAUUCACAAUAGGAACUACAGUCUGGAUAGUUAUUUCAGCAUUGAACUGCUCUCUGGAAUCCCUAAACAAUAUAGUGUUUUGCAACCAUACUCAAGUUUUAUGUUUUGCAUACAAAAUAUGUUCUUUACAUCAAAGUACAUAUUAACAAAAACAAGUCCUAGAAAUCAUAUACCCUCUAAGACUAUUUAAGGAAAAAGUCCUUAGCAGGGAUUUUUUUUUUUUAAUAAUACAUCCACUUGAUAAAUAUUUUUGUAGAACUUAAAAUGAGGUUUAGCUCAACAUUUUUAAAGUAAUAUUCCCUUUGUCAAACGAUUCUGCAGAUGAAUGGCAAACACUUAUUUCUAAAAUGAAAUAGCACUGGAAAAUAUUCAAAGCAAAAGUCUAGCCUUUACUUGAAUUUCAAGAAGUUGUAGCUACAUACUAUAUUAGUAAAAUCUGAAAUGAAAUUAUUCCGUUAAUCUCUUCACAGUUUCUUUAAAAAAAUAUUAGUGGAGAUAAAUUAUCUACCAACUUUAAAAAUCUAAACUUAUGUUCACUGAACAAAAAUACAUUUAGUUUCAGAACAUUGCCUGUUAACAGCAAAGUACUAUAAAUAGUUCACGUUCAGCUUUUCCUAGCAGCUCAUUUCUAUAAAAUAUCUAAUUAAAAAUAAAAUGGGAGAAACGUAUUCAACACUUAAUGGAAGAUAGUAUCAUCUUUCCAUGUAUAAAAUUUUAACUCACAGAAAAUUUAAAUAAAAUCCUAAAUCUUUUUAAAAAUACAAUACUAAAAAAGUUUAUAAGGUAGAUUUGAUUCAAAAACUUUAGUGCAUUUAGAAUUUAUUGUAGCUCUCAAGCAUUGACACCUUUGGAAUACCAACUGUGCUCUUUUUAAGUCAUAAGAAAAUUAGAAUUAUACAUUCUAGUUUGUAAUUAUGAAAAAAAGAUAUUUUCUGUUUAAAAUGUACCUUCAAAACGUCUAUCGUUAGUUGCCAGAAAAGAAGUGUUUGUCACUAUUUGGCCCAGAAUAUAAAGUUAAUAAACUGGUUUUAACAAGAGGGUUCUUUCUCUUUUAAUGAAAGCCUUCAUUUUUCUAUCUUGGGGUAUUGCUUUUAUGUGAAAAAUAAGUGAGAAGGAAGAAAAUAAUCACAGAAUCUUCCAAAUGACAGCAACCUGUUUCUUUCUGGCAAUAAAUAAAUACUAGAGCCAAGUUCCACAUUUGGAAAUGGUUGCAUUCAAGCUGAUCUAAGCAAUGAGUGAUUUAAGCAACAAGAGAAACUCAACUGUAGAUUCAGAAGCCUCAGGCAAGGGAAAGAGUUAGAGGGACCGACUCCUCGCUGCUCUUUGAACAAUGCUGUUGAGGUUAGUUUCGACUGGAUGUUAAACCAUGAGAGCUCAUUUUAAUGGCUUUCUAGCAUUUGGAAGGGAGGGCAGAAGAUCCAUUAACUUGGCCCGCGCGGGGGGUUCUGGUGGACCUUGUUCUGCCUACCUUCCCUUUUUCUUUACUAUAGAAGAGUGGAGGUCCUGUUUGCUUAAUAAAUGCUUCAUAGUUGGGGUAUUCUCUUUAAGAAGCCAAUUAGCAACACUUUCAAGAUUUGAACCAAAUUAAAAAUGAAGCUUUUGCAAAGUACACAGAAACCACAGUUAGUAACAAUAUAUUUUAUUGUUUGACCAAGCUCUCUUCAGAGUAAGCUAGUUAUUACACAAUAUAAAAACAAUAGCCUCCUAUUCAAAAUUAUUCUAGAUUUAGCAAGUCUUAUUUUUGUAAACAAUUAUCACAUUUAAAUGCAUUUUAUAUCUAUUCUCCCACUUCUAUACCCUUUCCUACUAAGGCGACGACUCAGUCUCCAUAUAGUUUUGUCUCUGUCCGUGAAAAAUGGGCAGAACUGCAAAUAAGCAUUACAAGCUGAAUUCACAGAAAAUAUUUUAAAUGGCCAAUUCUGAAGGGAAAACCGGAAUUUGUUUUGGACACGUUUUCAUUUUUUUAAGUAUUACUUCGCCAUCCUAUUUGCCCAUGUAUUUCUAUACCCACCUCUUCUUGGAAAUUAUAGGCAGUAAGUGGACAGAAGGCAGGAAAUGGAAACUUCAGAGAUUUUUUUUUUCUUUUGAAGGACUGCAUUUCCAAGGAAUAAGAUGCAUGACUCCUACUGUACCUCUUUGGUCAUCAAAGGAAUAGGAGGAAUAAGAGAUUCUCAGUGUACUUAUCAAACUCACCCGACACUAAUGACGUCAGAGUGAAGAACUUAAAGGUUCAAAUUAAAAGGAAAAAACAAAAAGGCAUCUUUAAAGAUAAUCCUCUGAUGUUUCUAGCAUUCUCAUGUGGUUUUUACAAGAAAUCAGAAUAAAAAGAAUCCAAUGGAAAACUUGACACAUACUUAAAUUAGAAAUUAAAUAAACGGGUAUUUUAAGUAUUAAACCCAUUCCAUUUAGGUUUCGUUUCUCUUCAGAACUUUUACUCAUAUUUUUGUAACUUGAAUUUUAAAAGAAUGACCUGUUUUACAUUUCCCCUUAAGGGGGAAAAAAAAAAAAGGAUCUGCUACCCUAAAUAGCUCUGUGAUCCUCAGGUGAAAGGAAUAUACUGCGAACAUUCCGCAAUGUGAACAAAACAGCACGUUGACAGAGAACGAGGUUAAGGGCAAUUCCUCUACCAAACACUGAAAUCAACUGUUUAUAACAGACUUUGUAAGAGACGGUAAUUCGACCAUGUUGAAAUAUGGCAGAAAUAAUAUCUAGCUGUGAUGUGUAUGUUGAAUACCAAGUAUCAGUAAGCUCUGAAGUGUUUACGGACCACAAGCAUGGGGAAUUUAAAUGAUACCUGUUAGGGUUACGACUGCACUCCAGUUCUCAACCGUCUAAGUGAAAGAAAGAAAACAGACUCCGGCGUGUCUCACUGCUCUAAUACAUAAAUGAGCCUGACCAGAUAUUUAUAGAAAAAAAAAAUUUGUUUCCACUGUCAAACUUUUCUAUAAAUAUAUAGACUUUAAAUUAGCAGACACCUUAUUAGAAUGACCCCCUCGAAAAAAAACCAAUAAACAAAACUAUAAAACACAAAAUG